UUGCAAUAUAUUCCAAUCUAUACCAACUCUUCCUCUUGAGUCUUGUGUCUCUUCCCCUCUUCCUCUUCUUCUUAUUCUUCUUCUUCUUUCUCAAAAUGUUGUGUUUGAGACCGGAGACGAAGGAUGACUAUCGACGGAAAUGGGAUAACAGUGUAGUCCCAUUCUCCGAUCUAGACAGGUACGGCGACGAGCCAUCAUCCCCUAGAGUUGGGUGUAUGGGACAGAUCAAGCAUGACAACAGGGUGGUUGGGUUCCCAAUCCAUCAAAGAUGCAACAAUCACAACAGUAAUGGUGACAAGAAGAAGUGCUUGAGGCUCAAUAAGGUCUUCUCUUGCAAGAAUCUGAGUAGUAGUAGUAUUAGCAACUAUAGCAAUAGCAAGAGACAGAUGAUGAAGGGUGAUAGUAGGAAGAAGUUUUAUGAUGAGAGGGAUUAUGUUUCAAACAGUGUCAUUAACUUAGAUCCUCCUUUACCUGUAGUUAUUAGGGUGUCACCAAGAGUUAGUACAGAUGGUAGUGAUGCAAUUAGUCUUUGGAAAAGGAGAUGUGGGGGUGAGGACUUGAAGGCUCUACAGCUUCAACAUAGAAACCCUUCUUGUGUUCUUGGACCCAACACCCUUUGAGAGAAACUGAGAAAGGGAAGUCCCAUUUUUCCUUCCUAAUAUCCAUUUGUCUAUUACUUGAGAAAAGAGUUGCAGAUGUGGAUCAUAGUAGCUACCAUUUUUUUUUUUUUUGGCAGUUCAAUUCUGUUAAUGGGAGUUUCAGUAAAGAAUUAUUAAGGUGUGGUGGCACCAAGAAUUUUGAA